AUGCAUUUGUACAAAUAAGCUCCAUGAUUGAACCAUACAAAACAAGCCAGCUGCUAGUUUUUGCGAGUAUAUAUAUAAUAAAUACAUAUAUACAUUUCACAUAUAUAAAAGACCUAGCAAACUAGCUCAAAGCUUUAGCUUUAGCUAAUUACUCCCUCCGUCCCUUAUAACUUUGUCAACUUUCCUUUUUUGGAUGUCCCAUUAAUUUUGCCACUUUCCCUUUUAAGUAAAGAAUUUGUGGUUUCAGUUAAUUCUCUCUCCUCUGCACAAACCUCAGCCACACAAUUUUUAUUUUUUUAAUUCUUGUACCAAUCAAACACUUGGCAAAUUUAUUAGGGACGGAGGGAGUAUACAGCAGUGCAUGCAUCAUCUCCUAUUUUCACUUCUCUCUCACAUGCAUUAUGCAUAUUAAAAUGAUCACUACAAAGAAACUAAGCUACCAUAUAGAUGAUCAAUGCAUGCGCACAUGCAUGUUACCAAAAACCAGCUACUUAAUCAUGAAGAGUCAAUAACUUAUGCCCUAGCUAAGCUAGCCCCUAGCCCUAUCAAACACUUCCAUAUCACAAGUAAAAACAAACCCAAACCUCUAAACUUCCAGCCCUUUCAUCAUCAUCAUCAUCAUCACAAGCUCUCAUAUAGCUAGGCAGCUCAUAUUCUUCAGUAUACUUUAAGAGUUUAGUGCCAAUUUUUUCCCUUUUUAAAAAAUAUAUAUAGCACUUUACAUGCAUACAUAUUUAAAUUUAAUUAGUUGGUCUUUAUUUCUUGAAUGGGGAAGUUAAGAAUUGGUAAGGUGUUAGACAGAUUGUGUCUUUCUUCUGGGUCGUCUGGAGGGUGUUGUUUUUGCAUAAAUAGUUUUGAUAAAAGUCAAGUUGCUAUGGUUGACUGGGAAAAAAGGCCACUCAUGGAUAAUCCCUGCAAGGAUGGGCAUCAGCAAGCUGAUAGGUUGAAAGAUGUUAUUUCUGAUGGACCUCACACCUUAGCUUUUCAGCUCAAGCCUAAGAUGGUGGUCCUGAGGGUCUCCAUGCACUGCUGUGGUUGCGCCAAGAAAGUGGAGAAACACAUAUCUAAGAUGGAAGGAGUGACAUCGUACCAAGUGGACUUGGAAACGAAGAUGGUGGUUGUAAUAGGAGACAUCGUCCCUUUUGAAGUGUUGGAGAGUGUUUCCAAAGUGAAAAACGCAGAGCUGUGGACCAAUACCGCUGCCUCAAUUUAAUCUGUCUCCAAUGCCUGUACCUGCUUUUUUAUGUACAAGCAUUGUACCUUGCGUUACACCCAACAUAAUUACAGUUUGAUUGUACAAAAUGUUACUCCCUCCGUUUCUGAAACAAGUUCCACCUUUCCUUUUCGGGCAGAUUCAAAAUUAAGUUCCACUUUCAAACAUUUCCUUAUUUGGUAAAUUAUCUACAUCAAAACAGUGUCAAACAGUGUUCAAACAGUGCCAAACAGUGUUCAAACAGUGCCAAACAGUGCACUCCACAGUAAAGUCAAAUUUGUUUUCUUAAUAUGUGUGAAGUCAAAUGUGGAACUUGUUUCAGAAACGGAGGGAGUAUGUAUAAAUAAAAUUUCAAAUGAUGAUUGUACAUGUGUCUUCCAAAUUUAAAAAAAAGUAGUCUAUCCACCCUUUUUUUUAUUGAGUUUCAUACCCGCACGGGUAGCUCAGUUGGUUCAGUGAUGAGAAAUUUGGAACAUUGACCAAGAUUCGAAACUCCCAGCGGCGGCCGUGUUGAGGUUACAGUUCAUGCGUGCUGGGCUGGACCUCUGGUGCGCACGGUAUAAGGCCUAUCAUGAUUGGACCGACUGAGUCACCGUGACUUACAUCCUCCCAAAAAUCUUGUCGGGAUGAGGUGUGGGGACCCGGGUUGGAAAUUCAACCUUUUGGAACAUUUAUAUUGAGUACCAUCUUUUAGAGACAGUUUGAUGUACUGCAAUUGAUGAAAUUGUGAUUGAGUGGUGAAUGGUGAAUGAUAAAGUUAAAUUUAAUGCGUACGUACUAUGGCGUAUUUUAUUAAGAAAUCUAGAAAAAGGUACAUGAAAUAUAGUUAAAACUGUCAUAUUUAAUCAAUUCAAUCAUACUCCUUAUUACCUAUAUUGUGUUGGAAAUAUGAUGAAAUAAAUAAUGGUAUAAUAUAUGAAUUGAGUGUGACUUAUUAUACAUUAAAGAACAACUUACAUUGCAUGUUUGGAUCUAUUUCAUUUAAUGACUAGAAUCCAUAGCUGUGAAAGUUGUAAGUGUAAUGUAUUAGUUUGAUGAAUUUAUUGUCCAAUAAUGAUGUGGAGUAUAUUUGUACGUACUAUAUUCUUCUCCUAUUGUGGGUUCUUCUCUAGUCAACGGCAAAUCAGACAACGGUCGAAGGUUUCGGUCAAGGUAGCUACAAGUUUGAAACAGAGUAGGAUUAUCCUGGAAGCGAGUUGGCCAGUCCCGUUCGAGUAGCGAUCGAGAUACGGGAGCUUUUUUUGUUCAAGGCCUAUCCGGUUAACGGACGAUCUUACGCUAAGUUUUUCAUUUUCUACCUUUUACAUUUAUAUUUUAUUUCUAAUUAUUAUUCUUUUAUUUGUUCUUGCAUUUGGUGGUUUGUCUGAUGAUUUGUGAUUAAACUCAGGAUUUUAUCUGACUAAACUCGCCAUUUAAACACUAUUUCUCUAACAUAUUGUUCUAUUACUGCAGAAUUUAACACAGAAACACUCCAUAAAGCGUUGCAAUACGGGCUUUUGUUGUGAUGCAUUUAAAUAAAUAAAGCGUGCACUUGAAAUAUAAUAUGACCACUAGUGUUCUAAAAUGCGCCAAAAAGCGCCGUGUAACACUGUCCCCAAGUAUAUUUACUUUUUAGUAAAUCAUGUAAUAAACCUUGAAUAAUGA